UUCUUAAAACUAAAAAUUGAUGGAGUAUGAAAAAGAAGAAAUGUUAACUGGAUAGGAUAUAAUAAUAAAUGUUACAUGAGACAAUACAAACACUAUCUCCUCAUAAAUGUGAUAGCUCAUUCGACGCCGCCUGAGCUUGACCCGAUUCUGACGUCGUCGUCGUCUUCAAUGGCUAAUCUCCCCAGAGUUCUCAUGGUGGCGGAGAAGCCCAGCAUUGCUCUCUCCAUAGCUUCAGUUCUCUCACAUGGCCAGAUGUCUACAAGGAGAGGCAGUACAGAGGUGCAUGAAUUUGAUGGGAUGUUUCGAGGUUUCAAAGCACAUUAUAGAGUUACAUCUGUUAUCGGCCAUGUUUUCAGUGUAGAUUUCCCAGAAAAAUAUCAAAAUUGGGCAACAAUUGACCCUCAAGAUCUUUUCGACGCUCCAAUUCUUAAAAAAGAGUCAAACCCAAAGGCUCAUAUUUGUAGGCAUUUAAGUAAUGAAGCUCGUGGUUGCAGUUAUAUGGUGUUGUGGUUGGAUUGCGAUCUUAUUGAGUCUACUGGCUUUGACAUGAAAGAUAGUAAGAGAAAGGUUUAUCGGGCGCGGUUUUCUUCUGUGACUGAGAAAGAUAUAUCAAAGGCCAUGGACAACCUUGUUGAACCAAACAGAGAUGAGGCACUGGCAGUAGAUGCUCGUCAAGAGAUCGAUCUAAAAGUUGGUGUAGCAUUCUCGCGAUUUCAAACAAGUUAUUUCCAAGGCAAAUAUCAGAAUCUAGACUGCAGAGUUAUCUCAUAUGGGCCAUGCCAGACGCCUACUCUUGGGUUUUGUGUGCAACGGUACAUGCAUAUUAAUACUUUCAAGCCAGAAAAGUUUUGGGCUCUGCGACCUUAUAUAAUAAAGGAUGGUUAUGAGCUCCAAUUAGAGUGGGAGAGACGUAGAUUGUUUGACCUGGAAGCUGCUACUGUGUUCCAAAAGUUGGUCGUGGAAGGUAGAACUGCAAAAGUAAUGGACGUAUCAGAAAAGCAGGAAGUCAAAGGUCGUCCAGCCGGUCUUAACACCGUUGCUUCAAGUGCUCUUGGGUUUGGGCCUCAGACGGCUAUGCAUCUUGCCGAGCGAUUGUAUACUCAAGGCUUCAUAAGCUAUCCCCGCACAGAAAGCACAGCCUAUCCGUCUUCAUUUGACUUCACAGACACACUCAGAGCACAAGUUAGUAAUCCAAUAUGGGGUGGUUACGUACAGAGACUGCUAUCAGACGGCUUUCAUAAGCCCAAGUCAGGAACUGAUGCAGGAGACCAUCCUCCUAUCACUCCAAUGCGAGCAGCAACCGAGGUCAUGGUUGGAGGAGAUGCUUGGCGACUCUAUCAGUAUGUCUGUCAACAUUUUAUUGGCACUGUUUCACCUAACUGCAAAUACAUAAGGACUAAAGUGGAAUUGUCAAUUGGUGGAGAAACUUUCCAUUGUACGGGGCAGCGUGUGACAGAGAAGGGAUUUACAGCUAUAAUGCCAUGGUCUGCAGUAGAUGAGAAAAAGCUCCCUUCUUUUCUCAAAGGAGAGAGGAUUGAAGUUAUAAGAGUGGAGCUUUACGAGGGGAACACUGCGCCUCCGGACUAUCUUACUGAGAGUGAGCUGAUAUCUCUAAUGGAGAAGCAUGGCAUAGGCACAGAUGCAUCAAUACCUGUGCAUAUAAACAACAUUGGUGAACGUAAUUAUGUCCAGGUACAAGCUGGGAGGAAAUUGGUUCCAACGGCAUUGGGAAUCACGCUAAUAAGAGGCUAUCAGUGUAUUGAUCCGGACCUUUGCUUACCAGACAUCCGGAGUUUUAUCGAGCAACAAAUCACUCUUGUUGCCAAGGGCCAAGCUGAUCAUUCACAUGUUGUGCAACAUGUGAUUCAGCAGUUCCGUCGUAAAUUCAGUUAUUUUGUUCAACAGAUCGAACACAUGGAUGCCCUCUUCGAAGCACAGUUCUCUCCCUUGGCUGAUUCUGGUCGUGCUUUAAGCAAAUGUGGAAAAUGCUUGCGUUACAUGAAACACAUCACAGCAGUCCCACCACGUCUCUUCUGCGGCACAUGCGAAGAAGUUUAUUAUCUUCCUCAAAAGGGCACAAUCAAGCUAUACAAGGAACUCACAUGUCCUUUAGACAACUUUGAGCUCGUGAUCUAUUCAGUUCCAGGACCUGAGGGGAAGUCAUUUCCACUAUGCCCAUACUGCUACAACUCUCCUCCAUUUGAAGGCAUAGAUACACUCUUUGGAGCCUCUAAGACGCCCAAUGCUCCUGCCAAAACCAAAACUGGUUCAGGCAUGCCAUGUUCUCUCUGUCCUCAUCCCACAUGCCAACACUCUGUCAGAAACCAAGGAGUCUGCGCUUGUCCAGAGUGUGAAGGCACGCUCGUCUUGGACCCUGUUAGCUUCCCCAAGUGGAAACUCAACUGCAACUUAUGUAGUUGCAUCGUUUUGCUUCCGGAAGGUGCUCAUCGCAUCGCCACCACUAGUAACCGCUGUCCCGAGUGCGAUUCAGCCAUCAUAGAGAUCGAUUUCAACAAGAAAACUACCCCUCUGGAGAACGGAGCCACUCUGCAUCAAGGCUGUGUUCUAUGUGAUGAGUUGCUCCUCUCACUUGUAGAAUUUUUGAAGAGAAAGAGCAAAGAAUUGAUUAAGAAAAUGGAGAAGGCAGUUCACUCAUCGACGACGUCUGGACCGGCGGUUCCAGGGGAGGCAACAAAGACCGGAACCUCCAUAAUUGACACGGCCGCCUCCGCCGUUCAAAGUUUUGCACCGGUUAACCAAAUCCACCAACAUCUCUGUGCGUUCCAUUUCUAUGCUGACGACAUGGCACGACAAGUAGAGGCUCACCAUUUCUGCAGUCACGUGAACGAAGAGAUGCGUCAGUGUUUGAUCUACGACGGUCCAGAUGCAAACGCUCGUCUGAUCGGAUUGGAGUACAUAGUGUCAGAGAAGCUGUUCAUGACUUUGCCUGACGAAGAGAAGAAGCUUUGGCACUCGCACGAGUGGGAAGUGAAAGGAGGGUUCUUGUUCAUGCCUGGUGUUCCAGGUGCCAUUCAGCGUCAAGAUCUAGAUAAAGUCGCUAAGACUUAUGGGAAAGUUUUCCAUUUUUGGCAAGUUGAUUUGGGCCAUGAGCUUCCCAUUGGUUUACCUAAUGUCAUGAUGGCUGUUACCCGCGAUGGCCAGCUUUUCCACGAGAUGAUUCAGGAGGCAGAGAAGCGGUUUGGGGUAUCGGUAGAGGGGGAGAGGGACUCAAGGGCCUAUAUGACAGGGCCCGAGCUGGGGAUCCAUCCAUUGGCGAAUGGAGGAGGCAAAGGGAUGAAACUAGAGCUGCGAGAGGUCGAUAUCAAACCGGUUGAGUCUGUCGGCAGCGUCUUUGUCUGAGUUUAUUACUUAAGACCUUAUUAAGUAUAAUAAUGGCCACAAAGCAAG